AUGGCAAGGACUUCUCUGUUGUUAUCUAUAGCCUUAGUUCUAGUCAUCGCCUCAUUCGUCUCAUCUCACCCACCUAUGCCCAAGAAAACACAAAAGAACAUAUGCCCACCCACUUUGUCCGGAAUCCAAUCUUUCCCAUCCCUCGACAUCUCCAACUUCAUCGAGCAAAAGGCUAAAUCCGCACCAAACAGCAUCCAGUUCAGCACAUUAUUCUCCAUAUGCAAAACCUACAGCAACCAGCUCUCAGCCUUCAAGGUGGCGGGCGUCAAGAACGUCUACGGCGUCGUUUACGCCAAAUACGCUAUGAUAACCAAGGCCAUGUUUGCUGCUGAAGCAGCCGUCGGUGUUGAAGGUGACCUCUCGGUUAAGCUAGGCAAAAGCUACACCGGUAUGGCUGGUUGUUUCGUUAAGCUUGAGGAGAAGAUCGUCGAGAUGUCGAACAAGUAUAAGUUCAAUGCUAACGCUAAGAUAAGCCAAGAGGAUAGGGACAAGGUGGACGAGUGUUUGAUCAAGUUGAAAAAUGCUAUUAAUGUUUUCGUGAAAGUGAUCACUGAGUGUAGCGUGAAGUUCUCUUCAGUGAAGCAAAUCGGUAUCCCUCUAGUUCAUGGUGGGCGUUUCAUUGGUGCUUUCGCCAAAAACGGUGUUGGUUUUGGGUCUAGUGUGUUUGGAGUUCAAGGCAGAAUAUUGAAGGGAGAGACCGAAAGAGUUAGAACGCACAGAUCAGGGAGCUACUACCCUGACCAAGGAAAAAGAUCGAGCAUUAACUACGGUGAUGGUCCGAAGAGAGAGACCGGAGGAGCUGGCACGCACAGAUCAGGGAUCUACCCUAAAGCUGAAGGUAAGGUUGGAUUGACCUACAUCGAUAUUCCGGAGAAUAGAAUGGUUAGAGGAGAUGACGAGUUCAGGUCACGGGUUAACCCUGGGGGGUUACACUUAAUAAACUGA